CUUUCGCACACCUUGGGAACACCUUUCGCUGCCCGCUCCCCAGACACACCUGCAGCCCUGCCCAGACGGCUCCGCUCGCCCACUGCUUGUAAAUGCCCCAGACAUGAGCCAGCCCAGGCCCCGCUACGUGGUAGACAGAGCCGCAUACUCUCUCACCCUCUUCGAUGAUGAGUUUGAGAAGAAGGACCGGACAUACCCAGUGGGAGAGAAACUUCGCAAUGCACUCAGAUGUUCCUCAGCCAAGAUCAAGACCGUGGUGUUUGGGCUGCUGCCUGUGCUCUCCUGGCUCCCCAAGUACAAGAUCAAAGACUAUCUCAUCCCCGACGUGCUUGGCGGACUCAGUGGGGGAACUAUCCAGGUCCCACAAGGCAUGGCAUUUGCUCUGCUGGCCAACCUUCCUGCAGUCAAUGGCCUCUAUUCCUCCUUCUUCCCCCUGCUGACCUACUUCUUCCUGGGGGGUGUGCACCAGAUGGUGCCAGGUACCUUUGCCGUUAUCAGCAUCCUGGUGGGUAACGUCUGUCUGCAGCUGGCCCCAGAGUCGAAAUUCCAGGUCUUCAACAAUGCCACCAAUGAGAGCUAUGUGGACACGGCAGCCAUGGAGGCAGAGAGGCUGCAUGUGUCGGCAACGCUAGCCUGCCUGACUGCCAUCAUCCAGAUGGGCCUGGGCUUCAUGCAGUUUGGCUUUGUGGCCAUCUACCUCUCUGAGUCCUUCAUCCGGGGCUUCAUGACGGCUGCUGGCCUGCAGAUCCUGAUCUCGGUAUUUAAGUACAUCUUCGGACUGACCAUCUCCUCCUACUCAGGCCUAGGAUCCAUCAUCUAUACCUUCAUUGACAUUUGCAAAAGCCUCCCCCACACCAACAUCGCCUCGCUCAUCUUCGCCCUCAUCAGCGGUGCUGUCCUGGCGCUGGUAAAGGAGCUCAAUGCUCGCUACAUGCACAAGAUCCGCUUCCCCAUCCCUACAGAGAUGAUCGUGGUGGUGGUGGCGACAGCUAUCUCCGGGGGCUAUAAGAUGCCCCAGAAGUAUCAAAUGCAGAUCGUGGGAGAGAUCCAACAGGGGUUCCCCACUCCGGUGUCACCUGUGGUUUCGCAGUGGAAGGACAUGUUUGGCACAGCCUUCUCCUUGGCCAUCGUGAGCUACGUCAUCAACCUGGCUAUGGGUCGAACCCUGGCCAAUAAGCACGGCUAUGACGUGGAUUCUAACCAGGAGAUGAUCGCCCUUGGCUGCAGCAAUUUCUUUGGCUCCUUCUUUAAAAUCCAUGUCAUCUGCUGUGCUCUCUCUGUCACGCUGUCUGUGGAUGGAGCUGGAGGAAAAUCCCAGGUGGCAAGCCUGUGCGUGUCUCUGGUGGUGAUGAUCACCAUGCUGGUCCUGGGGCGUUACCUGUACUCUCUACCCAAGUCUGUGCUAGGAGCCCUGAUAGCUGUCAACCUCAAGAACUCCCUCAAGCAACUUGCCGAUCCCUACUACCUGUGGAGGAAAAGCAAGCUGGAAUGUUGUAUCUGGGUGGUGACCUUCCUCUCCACCUUCUUCCUGAGCCUGCCGUACGGUGUGGCAGUGGGUGUCACCUUCUCCGUCCUGGUCGUGGUCUUCCAGACCCAGUUUCGAAACGGCUACGCUCUGGCCCCGGUCAUGGACACUGACAUCUACGUGAAUCCCAAGACCUACAACAGGGUCCAGGAAAUUGAGGGGAUUAAGAUCGUCACUUACUGCUCCCCUCUGUACUUUGCCAACUCAGAAAUCUUCAGGCAAAAGGUCAUUGCCAAGACAGGAAUGGACCCCCAGAAAGUAUUGCUAGCCAAGCAGAAAUACCUCAAGAAGCAGGAGAAGAGAACAAGGCCCCCACAACCGAGGAAUUCUCUAUUCAUGAAAACCAAGACUGUCUCCCUGCAGGAGCUGCAGCAGGACUUUGAGAAUACCUCCCCGAUCGACCCCAACAACAACCAGACUCCUGCCAACGGCGCCAGCGUGUCCUACAUUACCUUCAGCCACGACCCCUCCUCAGCUGCCCAGUGUGAGCCGCCGGUCCCUGCUGAGUGCCCCAGUGAGCCCAGUGACACACUGGCCAGCGUCCCGCCCUUCGUUACCUUCCACACCCUCAUCCUUGACAUGAGUGGAGUCAGCUUUGUGGACCUGAUGGGCAUCAAAGCCCUGGCCAAGCUGAGCUCCACCUAUGGGAAGAUCGGCGUGAAAGUCUUCUUGGUGAAUAUUCAUGCCCAGGUGUACAAUGACAUCAGCCAUGGAGGCGUCUUUGAGGACGGGUGUCUGGAGCACAACCACGUCUUUCCCAGCAUACAUGAUGCAGUCCUCUUCGCCCAGGCAAAUACCAGAGAAGAGGCCCCAGCACACGACUUCCAAAGGGCUCCAGUGGACCCCGAGCUCUCCUUGUACGAUUCAGAGGCCGACAGUCCCAGCUACUGGGACUUAGAGCAGGAGAUGUUCGGAAGCAUGUUUCACACAGAGACCUUGACCGCCCUGUGA